GUUUGGGAUAAUUGGUGAGUGUGAGUGAGGAGUAACGACCUCAAGUUCCUGUUGUAGUUACUUUGCAAACUCGUCUCCAUGCACUUCCAGAAGCUUCCACGCUCUCCUCCUUCUUCGUCUGGGAAUGUGUUCUUUCUUGUUGGUCAUCAUGUAAGCAACUGGAAGACUAGUAAUGGAUGUGACUUGGACGUGAGAGUCUUUGAUAAUAGAUUAUUCCGUAAGAAUCAGAGAGGUGGCAAGAAAUGUUUUGUGAAAUUCUUAGGAGCAUCCAUAUCCUGUUCUGCCGGUGCUAGGAAUGAUGCUCUUCUGCCUUCUAUUGAGCAACUAAGUGAUGCACGGGUGAUAUAUUCGGUUGCUCCAGCUAUGGGCCACAACCAGGAGUCUCAUCCAGAAUCACAUUUUAGAGUUCCUGCAAUUGUGAAUGCUCUAGAAGAAAUGAAGCUCGCUUCAAAGUUCCGUGGCUCUGAUGUAAUUGAACUUCAACAUUUUGAGCCUGCUUCAGUAGAUGACAUUGCAAGUGUGCAUGCAAGAACCUAUGUUUCUGGCCUGGAAAAGGUUAUGGAUCAAGCUUUGGAGAAAGGCCUUAUUUUCAUUGAUGGUUCUGGACCAACAUAUGCUACUGCCACUACCUUCCAGGAGUCAAUAGUUGCAGCUGGUGCGGGAUUAGCCUUAAUUGACUCAGUGGUUGCAGCUUCAAAGAUAAAGAGAGAUCCACCCACUGGUUUUGCUUUGAUAAGACCACCAGGACAUCAUGCUGUUCCACAAGGACCUAUGGGCUUCUGCGUUUUUGGAAAUGUAGCCAUCGCAGCUCGUUAUGCUCAGCGUGUUCAUGGACUAAAGCGCGUGUUUAUCAUUGACUUUGAUGUUCACCAUGGGAAUGGAACAAAUGAUGCUUUCUAUGAUGAUCCAGAUGUAUUUUUCCUUUCAUUUCAUCAAGAUGGAAGCUAUCCAGGUACUGGUAAAUUCGAUGAGGUGGGUAAGGGAGAUGGUGAAGGAACCACACUAAAUCUGCCUCUUCCUGGUGGCUCAGGUGAUACUGCUAUUAGAACAGUUUUCGAUGAAGUCAUUGUACCAUGUGCCCAAAGAUUUAAGCCAGACAUCAUUCUUGUUUCUGCCGGGUAUGAUGGCCACGUGUUGGAUCCACUAGCUAAUCUCCAAUAUACAACCGGAACAUAUUACAUGCUUGCGUCCAGUAUUAAACAACUAGCAAUAGAUUUAUGUGGUGGCCGGUGUGUGUUUUUCUUGGAGGGAGGAUAUAAUCUCAAGUCUCUUUCAUAUUCAGUGGCAGACACAUUCCGAGCUCUUCUCGGGGAUCGAAGCUUGGCAUCUGAGUUUGAUGACCCUAACAUUUUGUAUGAAGAGCCAUCAACAAAGGUUAAGCAAGCAAUUCAGAGGAUAAAACACAUUCACUCCCUGUGAUGUUGAAUAUCAAAACCUGACAUGACAAAUAUUUAUCUAGUAUUAAAUUUUCAUUUUCUGUACGCUCCAACCAUAAGUAUAUGUCUAUACCCCUUGUGUGGGCAUUGUCCCACUUAUCACAUAGAAGAAGCCAAGCCAUUGUACAGGAUUGCUUGUUGUCUUUGAACAAGAACUCCAGUUAUGAGAUGCCACGCAGCCGUAUUGAUCAUGCAGAGUCAUUAUACGAAGUUGAACCAGUCUCAGCUAAGAGACAUUAUGUACUAAAUGUAAAGGGAUAACCCCUUACUUUUUUUUUUUUUUCUUGUUGGUAAACAACCCCUUACUUUAUAUCUUUACCUCAUUUGUCUCCUUCAAGAUAUUUUUAAGUGCUCUGCACUUACCCAGUUGAGUUACCCCAGCCAAAGAAAUAGUCACGUCUGUUGUGCAUGGUGUAUCACUGUGUCUCGCUUGAAUCGUUCAUUUAUCAAGC